AUGCAUCCCACUAAAACGAUCUGCAUCGUUGGUGUUACAGGGAAUCAAGGUGGUUCUGUUGUUCAGCGAUUCCUCCAGGACCCCACUUAUCAUGUCCGGGGCCUAACGCGCAACCCCUCUUCGAGCAAAUCCCAGGAGCUCGCUGCGCAGGGGAUAGAGAUUGUCCAGGCUAACCUCGACGAUGCGGCUAGCCUAAAGUCAGCUUUUGCAGGUGCCAACGUUAUUUUCAGCGUCACCAAUUACUGGGAGCCGUUCUUCCGAGCAGACUGCCGGCAGAAGGCUGCUGAGCUGGGCAUAUCCUGCCGCAGGUACGCCUACGAUGUUGAAUACCAACAGGGCAAGAAUAUUGCCGACGCGGCAGCAGCAACUGUCGACACUUUAGAUGAAAAUGGAUUUAUUGUGUCGACGUUGAGCCACGCUGGGAGGUGUAGCGGGGGCAAAUUCGAAGAGCUGUACCAUUUUGAUGCGAAGGCAGACGUCUUCCCAAGCUACGUGCAAAGUAAUCACCCAGAGCUGUCUCGGAAGAUGUCUUGCGUGCAGACGGGAUAUUUCAUGUCCAGCUAUAAGCUGGUCCCAGAUGCUUACUUCGGGAGAGCUAAUGAUGGCUCCAUUGAGAUGACGUUCCCUACUGCUCCAGACGCAGUGGUACCUCAUUUCCAUGUCAAUGCGGAUAUGGGGCAUUUUGUGUACGCGGUGGCUAAGAUGCCGCCUGGGAAGAGUUACAUGGCUGAAGGCACGACGUGCAGCUGGGCGGAGUAUAUGAGAUUGUGGAGUGAGGUGAACUCAGUGCGAGCAUCCUAUCGGCAGAUCUCGUUGGGAGAAUUAAUAGAUCGAACACCCGAUGCAGAAUUUGGUCGGGAAGUGGGGGACAUGUUUGCAUAUUCGACCGAGCCGGGGUACGAUGGUGGUGAAAGAGAGCUACUGCAUGCGGUAGAUAUCCGAAAAGUAAGUUAG